AUGCGUGCAAUGGGGUGCUUCAAAGGUUCCUUGUCCUGUUUAUCCUUCAUCUACUUUCUGUGUUGGCACCUCCUGUAUGUCAAUGCAGCCUCAAUAAACCAACGAGAACCCCGUGCCGCUAAUGAUUCGUCUACCAAUACAUGGGAUUAUAUCAUAGUUGGGUCUGGCCCUGGCGGGGGUCCGCUGGCUGCUCGACUAGCUCAAGCAGGUUUUUCUGUCCUGUUGGUUGAUGCCGGAGACGAUAAUGGUGACGACGAUUUUGUUCGGGUGCCUGCGUUGAACGCCCAGGCUUCCGAGUAUACGCCAAUUCACUGGCAAUUUUUUGUCUCGCACUACGAUGACCCUGCAACAGCCCAACGCGACUCAAAAUUUACCUGGAAGCAACCCGAUGGUCGUUUCUUUGUUGGCCCAAAUCCUCCUGCUGGAAGCGAACCUCUUGGGAUUUACUAUCCCAGGACAGGAACCUUGGGUGGGUGUGCGGAACACAAUGCCAUGGUGAUGAUAUAUCCUGCUGAAAGCGACUGGAAUAAUAUUGCGACCAUCACUGGAGACUCAUCGUGGAGUGCUGCCAAUAUGCGUCAAUUCUGGGAGAAAUUAGAAAACAACCAAUAUGUCUUGCCGGGAACAUCGGGCCAUGGAUUUGCUGGUUGGCUUGACACCUCGCUCACCAGCCUCAAUCUUGUUCUCAAGGACACGAAAGUGUUGAGUCUUGUGCAAGGCGCUGCCACCGCGAUGGGUCAAGGUCUACUCGGCAGUUUAUUAUCAACACUCAGCGGCUUAGCCCAAGUCCUGAUUACGGAUCUCAACAACGACUCACCUACACGAGAUACAACUACAGGACUUUACCAGGUUCCUAUUUCUGUUUCCAACGGACCCAAGACGCGUUCGAGCCAACGUAAACUAAUAUUGGACACCGCUAAUGCCGUAAAUGCGGACGGCAGCAAACAAUUCAAACUCGACAUUGAACUCAAUACCCUUGUGACGCGGGUUAUCUUCGAUACCAACUCCACUUCUGGGACUCCCCGUGCAAUAGGUGUGGAGUAUCUCCAGGGAAGCCACCUAUACCGAGCCGAUCCAAAUUCUGACGGGGCGAAUCCAACUGGCUCCGGGACUUUCUUCGCCAAUCGCGAAGUAAUUUUGUCGGGAGGAACAUUCAACACUCCACAGCUCUUAAAGCUUUCUGGUAUCGGUCCAGCUGAUGAACUCUCUCAGUUUGAUAUUCCUGUCGUGCUCGACUCGCCCGCGGUCGGCACCAACAUGCAGGACAGAUACGAAGUCGGCGUUGUUGGCUCAGCAGACAGCGGCUUUGUUGAUCUAGCUGGCUGCACAUUCCUCAACACCACGGAUGAUCCCUGCUUCAUUCAAUGGCGCGAUAAUUCGCUUGACCACGGUCUAUACGCAUCCAAUGGGUACGCGUUAGGCAUUGUGCAGCAAACAAGCGUCUCUGCACCGACGGAGGCCGAUAUUAUUAUUGCAGGUGUACCAGCGAACUUCCAUGGCUAUUUCCCUGGCUACUCAAAUCGCACAAACGCCGACAGUCGGCACUGGACGUGGUUGGUGCUCAAAGCUCAUAGUCGGAAUAACGCAGGCACAGUCACCCUUCGAUCGAGUGACCCAAGGGAUACUCCUCAGAUCAGCUUCAAGAGUUAUACAGUGGGCGGGGAUCUUGACGCGCAAGCGUCGUUCGAAGGCGUGCAGCUUGCUCGGAAGAUGUUCAAAUCUGCACUUCCACUUGACGGUUUUUUCACUGAAGAGAUCCCCGGGCCAGCCAUUCAAAGCGAAGCUGACGUGAAGCAAUGGAUUAGGGACGAAGCCUGGGGUCAUCACGCAAGUUGUUCAGUUCCCAUUGGCGCAGAUGACGACAUAACAACUUCUGUGCUGGACUCGAAAUUCCGUGUCAAAGGUGUCUCGGGCCUUCGAGUUGUGGACGCCAGCGUGUUUCCAAACAUUCCUAGUCUCUACAUCGUUGCCGCAGUCUACAUGAUAUCUGAAAAAGCGGCCGCCACUAUCAUCCAGGACGCUCAAUGA